AGAAAGCGGCUCCUGUUGUGUUUACAUCGCUCUUAAUUCGUAGUCUUCGUAAAGUCGUUCCUGGUUUUAAUUCCGCGACUGUAAUUUCAGUGAAAGCACAGAACCAAGUAAUGAAUCCCCCCCAAAACAACCCUAGCUAUUCACACAUUUUCACAACAUUUCACUGCCACGGAGUGGAACUAAUUUUUCGAUCGAGUAUAGAUACGUGUAUCGAUAUGUGAUUGAAUAAUAACCACAAUCACAUCACAGUGUACUGUUUGUAGUUGAAUUAUGUGUUGGCUCACCGUAACAGUUCACACUCUGUGUUUACGGGGCUCUGCACGUCAAUUGUGGAGGGAAACGCUGUGGAGAAGUGAUGUGUGAUCCAAGUUACAGUCAGACUACAGUGAUUUAAACUCGCAGCACUCUUGUGUUCAUUAGUUGUUAAAAUUAAUUAAAACACGGCGUUAUUAACGUAAGUGUAGCAUAUAUCUGUGUGUGUGUGUGUGUGUGGCUAACGGCUGCUCACAGCGACACAUUAGCACGCGAAUUAUAAACCGACGAGUUAAUGUUGUUGAGCUGAAUGAAAACGUGAGAAACAGAGGGACGUUUGCAAAACAUCGUUUUCAAAGCACCGAGUCGCGGUGCUGUGUUUUGGAAAGAGAAUUGUUGUUGUUGUUGUUGUUUGCUAGUUGCUGUUAGCAUGCAGGCUAACAGCGCCAGACUGCAGAGGCUCAUUGUUUGAGGAGGAAGCUACGGCUAACGCUGGCGAGCUAGCAUGCAUUAAGUGUUUCAGUUUGUAAAGCCACGGGAGCUUUCGAGCUACGUUUGACCAGUGCACCGAUUCACUGGUGUUUUUCUUUAUUAUUAUUAUUGCUUGUAACCUAUGGGUUUGAACUGUAUGUAGUGUUUGUCUGCUAUGCUAAUUAAACCACUGUAGUUAGCAUGGAGCAGAAGGAGCUAACCUAAGUUGCACCUGUUAUUACAGUAACAGAAGAUAAACGAUUCGUGUGUAUCUGCAAAUGGUACAUCUUUUGAUACUCUUCAGUUGAGAGGAACACUUAAAGCACUUUAAGUGAGUGCAGUAUCUACUCAUUUUAUACGUUUUACAUAUGUAAAAGUAUAUGUUUAUGAAUACCUGGAUUUUCCAAUUAUGUGCAAUAUCUAGCUGUUUUUCUUUAAUUCUUUACCGACUGGGGCACUUUUGAGGAUUAUAUAUAGUAUCCAGUACUUUAUUAUAUUUGAAUUGGCCAUAGCAUUUAAGGCAGUGGUUAUCAAACUUUUUAUACCAAGUAGUAAAAAUAUUGAGGAAAGUGGUGUAAAUAUGCCGAGCAAAGUCAGCUAUGGACAAUUUAUUGCUACAUUUUUGUUAUUCAUUUCAUUUUCUACGCAGUCGGCUCCACUACGAUCACACGCUCCGGUAUAUACAGUAGAACAGGAUCCUCCAAGCACCACCAGAGGAAGCUUGCGUACCACUGGCGGCACAUGUACCACAGUUUGAGAACCAUGGCUUUAAGAUACUUUUUGGCGUGUACAAUGUCUAAUACCACUUAACUUGAGGUCUUAUUAAACCUAAUAUCUCAUGUGGAGGAUAAAGCGGUAGAAGAUGGAUGGGUAUGUAAUCUUGGGGAGCAUCUGUCCCAGCGGUGGCUGUUGGCACAAUGGGGCUGGACUUUGACGUGAAAACAUUCUGUCACAACCUGCGGGCCACCAAACCCCCGUAUGAGUGCCCGGUGGAAACUUGUCGUAAGGUUUACAAGAGCUACAGUGGCAUUGAGUAUCACCUUUAUCACUAUGACCAUGACAACCCAACCCCUGCACAGACUGUACCACAGAAGAAGAGGAAGGGACGGCCUCCCCGUGCAUCUCUGGCAGGGUCAGGAGAUACUGAUGAUGGAGGCAACGGAGGCGGAGGAGGGCUGGGGCAUGGGGGGAACACCCCGGGUAGCCCCAACCAUUCGGAUCGCUCUAACUCCCCUGGCAGAGAGACAAUGACCUAUGCCCAGGCACAGCGCAUGGUCGAACUGGACUUUCAAGGACGUAUUCACCGCAUAAGCAUUUUUGAAAACAUUGACGUGGUAUCAGAGGAGGACAGUGAUGCAGAGAGUGCUCCACCAUCUGGUACUGGUGGAAAUGGGGGAGGAGUUUGUAACGGUAGUGACGGGGGAAACGGAGGUAGCGAGGUAGGAGGGAGUGGCAAGGACCGGUCAGAUAUCCUGUCUUCUAACGGGGGCAAAGCCACCCCAAAGUCUGGGAAACAUAAGAGUAAAGAAAAGAAGAGGGAUGGCUCAUCCCAUCAUCACAGUGCUCAGUCUGGGCCUGCAGUCAAGCUGCCCGAAGCAGUGUUCAGAGAGCUGGAUCAAGACAGACCUGAUGCCCCUCCCCGGCCGUCAUCUUACUACAGGUACAUUGAUAAGUCUGUGGAGGAGCUGGAUGAGGAGGUGGAGUAUGACAUGGAUGAGGAAGACUGCAUCUGGCUUGAAAUCAUGAACGACAAGCGGCGGUGUGACGGCGUAACACCCAUCCCUCAGGAGGUUUUUGAGUACCUCAUGGAUCGCUUAGAGAAGGAGUCCUACUUUGAGAGCCACAACAAGGCCGACCCCAGCACCUUAAUCGAUGAAGACGCCGUCUGCUGCAUCUGCAAUGACGGGGAGUGUCAGAACAGCAACGUGAUCCUGUUCUGCGACAUGUGUAACCUAGCGGUCCACCAGGAGUGCUACGGCGUGCCCUACAUCCCAGAGGGCCAGUGGCUGUGUCGCCGCUGCCUGCAGUCUCCGAGUCGAGCCGUGGACUGCGCGCUGUGUCCCAACAAGGGAGGAGCUUUCAAGCAGACGGACGAUGCGCGAUGGGCACAUGUAGUGUGUGCGCUGUGGAUCCCAGAGGUCUGUUUUGCCAACACGGUCUUUCUGGAACCGAUUGACAGCAUCGAGCACAUCCCGCCUGCGCGCUGGAAACUCACCUGCUACAUCUGCAAGCAGCGAGGUUCAGGCGCCUGCAUCCAGUGCCAUAAAGCCAACUGUUACACAGCUUUCCACGUCACCUGUGCCCAGCAGGCGGGGCUCUACAUGAAAAUGGAGCCCGUCAGGGAGACGGGGGCCAAUGGCACCUCUUUCAGUGUCCGCAAGACGGCCUACUGUGACAUCCACACACCACCGGGCUCAGCCCGACCUCUGGCAGGAGUAGGCGGGGCUAGCAUGGGCUCCUCUCACAGCGACGGAGAGCUGGAGGAGGACGACGAGCCCAGCAUCUGUCACGAUGAAGACUCCAAGGGCUGGAGCUCGGAGCGAGCCAAGAGGGCAAAGGCAAAGUCGAGGCUUAAGAUGAAGAGAGCGAGGAAGAUCUUAGCUGAGAGGAGAGCUGCCGCUCCAGUGGUGUCUGUGCCCUGCAUACCUCCCCACAGACUCAGCAAAAUCACCAGUAAUUUAACGGUACCCAGGAAGAGCCAGUUCAUGCAACGACUUCACAGCUAUUGGACCCUGAAGAGGCAAAGUCGCAACGGUGUACCUCUGCUGCGCCGACUCCAAACCCACCUGCAGUCACAGCGGCACAUUGACCCCGUCCCACCACAACCUCCAUCGCAGCUUCCCAUAGUGUUGCAGAGAGACAGUGAGGAGAAACAGGCGGCCUUGAAGGAGCAGCUCAAGGCCUGGCAGAGACUGAGGCACGACCUUGAGAGAGCCAGACUAUUGGUGGAGCUCAUCCGCAAGAGGGAAAAACUCAAGAGGGAGACGAUUAAAGUGCAGCAGAUGGCUCUGGAGAUGCAGCUCACUCCGCUCCUGGUGCUUUUGAGGAGUACGCUGGAACAGUUACAAGAAAGAGACACUAACAACUUUUUCACUGAGCCUGUACCACUAGCAGAGGUGCCAGACUACCUGGACCACAUUGACACUCCUAUGGACUUCCAGACCAUGUGGAACCUGCUGGAGUCCCAUCGCUACCUCACCUUCGAGGCCUUUGAGGCAGACUUUGGCCUCAUUGUCAACAACUGCCUCAAGUACAACGCCAAGGACACUGUCUUUUAUCGAGCUGCCCUGCGGCUCAGAGAGAUGGGCGGGUCCGUCAUAAGAACAGCCAGGCGACAAGCUGAACGAAUAGGCUUCGACUACGAGACCGGCAUGCACCUCCACCGAGAGCCGAGUCCAGACACUCAGCGUGACCAAGACAGAGACCGAGACCGAGAGAGGGAGCGCGAGCGGGAAAGGGAGCGAGAGAGGGAGAGAGAGCAAGAAAGGGAAAGAGACAGGGAACGAGACAGAGAAAGAGAACGAGAACGACCUUUGUCUUCUAAUGAAGAAGACCUGCUCCUGCCAGAAAACCGCCGACGGCUGCCGCUGGAGGAGCAGCUGCAUUUCUUGCAGGUGCGUCUCGAUGAGGUCAACGCGGGGAAGCACAGCAUCGGUCAGUCCCGGAGAGCCAAAGCUCUGCGCAAAGAGAUCAGUGUCAUCAAGAGAAAGCUCGCGCACCAACGGGAGGGAGGUUCCGGCAUGGUGGGCCGGGAGUCUGUGGGAGGUGGAGACCGGGGGUCAUCUCUCCCCCAUCACCCCUCGUCUUCGGGGCACCAUGACGAGGGGGGAGAAAGCAGCAGCCAGGAGAUUAGUGGAAAAGAUCUGAGCGUCUCCUCGUCCGCCCUGGCUCCAGAGGUGGGCCGUCGCACAUCGGUCCUCUUCUCAAAGAAGAACCAAAAAAUGGCAGGACCCCCCAAAAGACCGGGGCGCCCUCCCAAGAACCGGGACGCCGGCUACGGUGGGCCAGGCGUGAGCCAAAGCCCCAUUGGCCCCCCACAGCUGCCCCUGCAGUCUCACAGUAGGCAGCGGAAGAGGCCUCGCAGCCCGCGCAGCACCUCCAGCUCCGACAGUGACAGUGACAACGAUGACCUGCUGCCAGGUCUGCCAACAAACGGAUUUGACGGUGGAAACCAGCCGGUGACAGAGAGCUUCCUCGUUUACAGAAACGAGCCUCGUCUUCCUCGUUCCAGCUCUGACUCUGAGUCCACAACCAGCAGCAGCAGCAGUGCGGCAUCCGACAGGACCAGUACGACUCCCUCCAAACAAGGCAGAGGGAAGGCGUCGUUCUCUCGCUCUGCUUUCCAGGAAGACAGCAGCGAAGAAACAUCAGGCACAGAAAAUGAUUCCUACUCCGUUGGAGGAUCGCGAAGCGUUUCACACAUGCGUGGCCGGUCCAGGUCAGGAUGCUGGAUGACCUCUGAUGACUACACCUCUCUGGAGGCUCUGGACCUGGUGUGGGCCAAGUGCAGAGGUUAUCCUUCAUAUCCUGCUCUGAUAAUUGAUCCGAAGAUGCCCAGAGAGGGCGUGUUCCACCGGGGCGUUCCAAUCCCUGUCCCUCCUCUGGACGUGCUGAAGCUUGGGGAGCAAAUGACGCAGGAGGCCCGAGAACACCUCUUCCUGGUUCUCUUCUUUGACAACAAGAGAACAUGGCAGUGGUUGCCGCGCUCUAAGCUGGUGCCGCUCGGAGUGGACCAGGAGCUGGAUAAGGAGAAAAUGCUGGAAGGCAGGAAAUCCAACAUCCGCAAGUCGGUGCAGGUGGCGUAUCACCGCGCCAUGCAGCACCGCAGCAAGGUGCAGGGAGAUCCCAGCAGUGAAACCAGUGACAGUGACUGAACACACACACACACACCCACAAAGACACACACACACACAUACGUAUGUGUUGGUCCUCACAGGCGCUGUGCGGCGGUGGGUCCAGAAGUCAGACUUUGGGACCCCGCCUGUACGUUUUCUCUACACAGAGCCCAGUCGUGAACAGUCAACAGUGCCAGCAGCACCGAGUGGAGAAAAGACGUCCACUCCUUCAGCCCCAAGACUCGCACACUCCUCCUGCACACUAAGCCCUAUUUAAUCAGACGUGUAAAAUAUUGUAAGUAAGAGAAUUGAAGAGAGAGAAAAAAAGAAUAAUGAUAUUUGAUUGAUGGAAAAAGUAUGCUAUGUUCAGAAUCAUGAAUCAGAAUAUUCCUUUAUAUGUGGUCAAUAUGUAUGUUUGAUAAGUUUACAGAUCUAAAAAAAAAAAAAAAACACACACACACACACAAGGACAUAGUAUUACGCUAAGCUGUGCACACAACGCGGCCUCUCACAGAAUUUAUUACCGUAGACUGUAGAUACAGAAAUGGACGUAGUCUUCCAGUCACAACACAGAAGUCCCGCUUUUGAACCCUCCAGGUUCACAAUUUGAUCCAUCUUGGAGGAUCGUGGCGGGCGCUGGUGCCAAUCCCAGCCGACGUAGGGUGCGAGGCGGGGGACACCCUGGACAGGUCGCCAGUCCAUCACAGGGACACACAGAGACAAAGAGCCAGUCACUCUCACACCUACGGUCAAUUUAGAGUGUCCAGUUUGCCUAAUUCCUCGUAGGAAUUUCAGAGGUCAUCUGCAACCGGGGCACAUGUUGGACAAUAUUAGCUGGCAAUCACACUGGUGUCCACUCACAUGUGCCGAACUUUAGCGUCUAGUUUGUUGACAUCAUGUUCUAUUGAAGGAGCGCUGAGACGUAGAAGUUUUAAAUUUCUUUGUAUGCUCGCCUUCAAACGGAGUUCUUGUUUUCAAUCAAGAGAGUCGCCCCCUUGUGGAUAACUUCCGUCAUAUUCUCUGGGCUUUUCAAAACUGGAAGACUAUGUCCUCGUUUAUGUGCAGUCUGUGUCACCUACACAUAAAGCAUUCCCAUGUGAGAGCAGGGAAAUGCAGAAAAAGUAAACACAACAGGCCUGGUGCUGGUGUCGUUAUUUAGCGGAGCACAAAAAAAAAGAGACUAUUGAGGCCCAAACUGAGGGCAAACCAACGUUAAUGUUAUUUAUUCUGCUUCCUCCUCCUUUUUUUUAUUUUUAUUUUUUCCUCAAACAAGGUCCACACGUUUGUUUCACCACAGCCGACUUCUAAUCACUCCGACCACACGAGGCGCUGUCACGUGGCUGCCACAUGUGUCCUCUGUUUUUACAGUUUUCCUAAUAAUGUAGGUCUGUGUCGCACAGGCCUCCGGUCAGAGAAUAAUAAUGAGGACUAAAAAAAAACUGAAACACUUGAUGGCCUCACUGUCUGUCUUAGUCUCAGGCUGGUGGCUGUAGAACUUUUAUAUAAACAGAUUACAUGAAGAUAGAAGUUUAAUAAAAAGAAUUGAGUUUUUUGUAAAAAA